UGGACUUGGCUUGGCUGCCUAUGUUCUUUCUCCAAAGAUCUUUCUCUUGGCAUUUUCUCGUUUCUAGGCUGGCUACCAGGCAAGUGCUGCGAAGGGGUGGAUUAUCCGCCGCGACCUUGGCUGGACAGGGGAUUACUUGGGGAAGAAAGUGAACCAAGAUGAGUAACCUAUUCGGAGGCAAAUACAAUAUAGUCAACGGCUUGAACAAUGAAUUCAAAGUAUGUUACAAUGAGGAGAGGACCUUUGCCAACACUGAUUGGCAAGUUACGAACCCCUUGUUGAAAUCUCUUCCUAUCUUCAUGUUGCAGUUGAGCAUGGUUAUAUUGUUCACUCGUACUUUCAUCAUCGUCCUCACACCUAUUCGUCAACCUCGCUUUGUUUCUGAGAUUCUUGCUGGCAUUGUGUUAGGCCCAAGUGCGUUGGGUAUAAUAGGCUGGGUAUCAAGUAACAUCAACCCUUUUGAGGGGGCUUUGUUGCUGGAGACAAUGGGGAACCUCGGCGUCACUUUUUACAUGUUCCUAGUGGGUCUCGAGAUGGACUUAACCCCAGUCCGAAAAAUGGGGAAAACAGCCUGCAGCGUUGCCAUAGCUGGGAUUGUUUUACCAGCGUGUGGAGGAGCGGGAUUGUAUUACUUGGUGCUGCAGAAGGAGCAAGAAAACCAGCGUCGUCCUUUGGAGGGUGGUUUGUUCUGGGCCAUUGCCCUUACCGUCACAAGCUUUCCGGACUUGGCUCGAAUGCUUUCGAGCCUCAAGCUCAUGUACACGGAUCUCGGAAAAACGGCCUUGACUUCAGCCGUUCUGACUGACCUGUCUUCUUGGAUUCUUCUCGUGGCAGUAGUCUCUGCAGUUAACGGGCGUGGCAAACUGUAUACGGUAAUCCCAACCAUGUUGUUCCUCGUAGUAUCUUGGUUCUUGAUGCGUCCAUUCAUUUUGUGGGCAGUUAAACGAAUUGCAUUAAGAAAUGAAUCGUCAAUGGAAAGCAGAUACAACGAAAAACAAGUAUGUUACAUUCUAUCAGGGGUGCUCCUCUGUGGGUUUUUCACAGAAAUCUGUGGCGUACAUUCCAUGUUUGGAGCUUUCAUGUUCGGGCUGAUGAUACCCAGUGGAGAGCUCGGGACCAUGAUCAUGGACAAAAUUGAAGAAUACGUGGUGGGGAUUCUGCUGCCGCCUGUCUUCCUAAUUACAGGGCUGAGAACCAACUUUGCACACAUGGCCGUCGAACAUACUUCUCAUCUGGUGAUCAUAGUCAUACUCGUGGCAUCCUCUGUCAAAGUUGUGAGCACCCUUCUCGUCUGCCUGUACUUAAAAUGCCCAAUUCGAGAUAGUUUGGCCCUUGGAGUCCUUAUGAACACCAAAGGCGUCCUUGCCAUCAUUGUUCUUAAUGAAGGCCGAAACGUGAAGGGUUUUGACCAACAAACUUUUUCUUGGAUGGUUCUUUCCAUAUUGAUCAUGACAGGUUUGGUUGGCCCGAUAGUCAGUUUCACUCACAAGUCCACGAGGUACACGAAGAAAUACUACCGUAGGAAUUUAGAAAGGAGUAAAGUGGAGGCAGAGCUUCGAGUCUUGGCAUGCGUUCAUUCCAGCAAAAACGUUUCCGGCUUAAUCAAUCUCUUGCAUAUUUCAAAUGCCACGAGAAAGUACCCGAUUACCGUCUUUGCUGUCCAUUUGGUUGAGCUGACAGGGCGAGCUUCUGCAAUGCUAAUUUUCCAUGAUAAGACUAGGACAACCGAUGUGAUUGGGAACGAAAUUAAUCCAAUUAGUCGAGGAAAAGCUGAGGCUGAACAAAUUGUCAGUGCCUUCGAAUCUUUCCACAACAACAACCAUGCAGUCUAUGUUCGGCCAUUGACAGCUGUGUCGUCCUACGCCAGCAUGCAUGAAGAUGUUAGCAACUUCGCGCUAGACAAGGGAGUCACUGUGAUUUUGCUCCCAUUUCACAAGCAAGCAAAUGCCCAUGGGGGAUGGACGGACGAAAACCUUCAGCAUAAACAAGUGACUGACAAUCUACUGGCAAAUGCGCCCUGUUCCAUUGGCAUACUUGUGGAUCGUGGCCUAACCCCGCCUUAUCUUCCCCUAGGAUCACAACAUGAUCGUAAGAGGAAAUGUCGCAUUGCUAUGCUCUUUCUUCAAGGACCUGAUUACCGUGAGGCAUUGGCUUACGCGUGGAGAAUGGCAGGCACUUCAGGCGUAAUGCUAACUGUAGUGAGAUUCAUUCCUGCAAAAGACGUGGUGGAGUUUGCAGAGAGCGAUGCAGGAGACGGUGGUGGUGAUGAUGACGAUGACGACGAUGAGAUAUUCGCCGCCAUGUUUGAGAAAGAGAAGGAACUGCUGCUUGAUGAUGAUUACAUAAACGAGUUUAGGUUCAGAACAAUGCAUAAUCAAUCCAUUUCUUACAUCGAGAAACAAGUAAACAGCGGAGACCAGAUUGUAUCAAUCAUACGUUCAACUUACAAUGAUUUUGAUUUGUACAUAGUAGGUAGAGGACAUGGCAUGCAGUCUCCAUUGACAGUAGGGCUAUCAGACUGGAGCAAUUGCCCUGAGUUAGGGCUCAUCGGGGAAACAUUAGGAGCAGCGGAUUUCUUACCGUCGGGCUCAGUUCUGGUCAUGCAACAAUCCGCUCCUCUCCCUAGUGCACCGAAGAAGAUCGUGAGCUCUGCUCGGAAGAAAGGGUUGUUUAAGACUAGCGGGCAACCAUCGGCUGUACCAUUUGUUAAUCAUAGAAAAGCAGAUGAUUAUUAUUGA